AUGAGCAGCGCCAGGCGUCGCAGCACGGACGCGCCUGGUAGCAGCAGUGCAGCCCGGGGCGGUGGCGGCGGCGCUGGCGGGCCGCCGGGCACCACUCCUGGCUGGCGCUAUACGCUGCGGGUGCCCAGCUGGAGCCAGGCGCAGCUGCCGGAUGGCGACACCGCGGUGUUUUACCAGGUGGAGGUGACGGUACUGCCUCCGCAGGGCGAGCCACGCAAGCGCAGCGUGGGCCGCCGCUUCAGCUCCUUUGUCACGCUGCACCGCAGGCUGCGUGAGGAGCUGGGCCCCGCCGCGCUCCGCGACCUGGACCCGCCGCCCCGCCGCAGCCUGGCUGGCGUCAACCGCAAGCCGGAGCUCAUUGAGCAGCGGCGGUGGGAGCUGGAGCAGUGGCUGUGGCGCCUGACAGAGUCGCCCCUGAUAGCCAACAGUGUCAUGAUGUUUCACUUUUGUGAGCUGGACGCCGCGGCACGCAUGCGCCCGCGGGCGGCGGCGGCGCCACGCGCGUCCCCGGGCUCCGCCGCAGGCGGCGCCGGCGCCAGCGGCGGCGCCUCCCUGCUGGGGAGCCCUGCCGGCAGCCUGGGCACGGCGGCCGCGGCGGCUGCGCCUGCGGCGGGCUUCCUGGGGCCCGGCAGCAGCACCCAGCUGAGCCCCAUGCACAGCUACGCCCCCAGCUGGUCGGGCAGCGAGGCCUCUGAGCUGUAUGGCGAAUCCAGUGCCAGCAGCCUGGCAGCCGCCGCCGCCGCCGCCACCGCGGCCAUCUCCGCAGCCGCCGCAGGCAGCAGCCCCGCUGGCAGGCAGCAUCACCAGCAGCCGGCGCCGCCGGGCCAGCUGCACCAGUCGCUGUCGCUUCAUGCCCGCAGCGACAGCCAGUCUGACAGCGGCAGCUCCCGGCAGCAGGCCGCCCAGCUGCCGGCUAGCGCGGGGGCCGGGGCCCUGGGCGGCGCAGGCCAGCUGCGGCUGGCCCUGCCGGUGCAGCAGCGGGGCGCGGCCAAGGCGGCGGCACGCCAGCUCAGGGAGCAGCUGGCGGCGGCGCAGGCUGACCUGCAGGGACCAUCGCUGGUGACCAGCAGGCCAUUGCCCAGCUGGCGGCGGAGCUGCAGCAGCUGCAGGAGCUGCAGCAGCUGCAGGAGGAGGCGCAGGAGGAGGGCGGCGGCCCUGAAGCAGCAGCUGGCCGAUUUGGAGGCUCAGCGGGAUGAGCUGCUGGAGCAGCAGCAGCAGCAGCAGCAGGUAGCCCAGGAGGCGAGCAGCAGGGAGCAGGAGGCACAGCAGCAGCUGGCGGCGCUUCAGGCGGAGCGGGAUGGCUUCCAGCAGCAGGCGCAGGAGGCGCAGCGCCAGCUGGCGUCGGCCCAAGCUGAGCUGGCGGCGGUGGCGGCGCAGCAGGCGGCGGCGGCGCAGGGCCGGGACGAGGAGCGGCAGCAGCUGCUGGCGGUUCUGGAGUCGCAGUGCAGCAGCCUGCAGGCGCAGCUGGGUGAGGCGCAGGCGGCCGCGGCGGCUGCUGCUGCGGACAAGGAGGCCGCUGGCGCCAAGUCUCGGGACGACUUGAAGCUUCUGGCGAAGGAGGUCAAGACUCUGCGCAAGCAGCUGGCCGCGGCGCAGCAGGCGCAGCAGCAGGAGGGGCAGCAGGCGUCCGCGCCGCCGCAGGAGCAGCAGCAGCAGCAGCUGCUUCAGGAGCGGGAUGCCGAGAUUGCCCGCCUGCGAGAGCAGCUGGCGGCGGCGCAGCUGGCCGCACCCAGCAACGGCAUCACGCCCAAGGCAGCAGGGGUGGUAGCAGCAGGGCAGCCGGCGUCUGAGCAGCUGGAGUCGGUCCUAGAGGCAGCCGGGGCGCUGAAGCAGCUGCUGGGAAGCUGCAGCGUGAACGGCAGCGAGGCGAUGCAUGCUGGGAGCGCGUCCGAGGUUCUGUCGCGCCUGGCUGCCGCCGCUCAGCAGCUGGCCGCCAUUAGGCAGCAGGUGCGCCAGCAGCUGCUGGAGGCUCCGGCAGCAUCUGCAGCGGCGGCGCUGGAGCUGGGAGGCGGCGACGACGGCCGCAGCUCGCCUGCUGCCGCUGCCGGCCCCGAGCGGCGGCUGCGUGAGCUGCUGGCGGGGCUGCUGCUGGAUGCUGCUGCAGCCAAGCAGGAGUCAGCUGACCUCCUGCGCAGCACCCUCACUGUGUCAGCGCAGCUGCAGGGACUGGAGGAGCGGCUGCUCAGCCCCACCGCCAGCCCAGUGCGGCGCGCCCCCACACGCUAG